UUGCCGCGGUGGUCAUUGGAUCCGCAUCGACGACAAACAGAAGUAGGACAACCGACGAUGCUGUGACUAAGUUGGGAACAAAGAGGACAGGGUUUGGAACGACGGGAGUUGGCGUCUUUGCGAGAGGCAGUGUCGGUGUCUUGGGCAAUGGCGGUGAGACCUGUGAUGUUGCUACGGGUGUCAAGAUGGUGGUCACCGGCGAAUCUCAUCACUUUCGCGUAGAUGUCGUCAAUAGUGAGAUUGUCGAUGUCGCGUUCGAAAAUCUCAGAACAGAGGAGGUGAUAUUCAUUGCCAUGACUGUAUAA